CUAUUCACAGCAAAAAWUAGUAGAGCGGAACUGCUCGCAAUUGGUAGCCAAUCGACGGCACGAGAAUCAUGACAGGAUUGAAAAACAAUGCCGUCGUGUUCACAGUUAGUAUGCGAUCACUGGCGAMCACUGCCUCGCCUCGAUUGUUGUUCGUAGUUUUGUUCCUUUUAUGGUUGAGUUCACGCGAGUCCAACUUUAACGCAGCCACCAAUAUYAAUCCUUCAGAAACAUUUGGCGGAAGUGAGCGCACUGGAAGAGAGGACGACAAACCAACUCUUUCUUCUUCGCCAUUGCCUGAUGGCUUUGAUUGCGCCGUCAGAAAGUACGCCUACGAGUAUGCAAUCCGAAAGUUGCCGUGGUCCUCUCACGCCGAGCAGCAAUCUGUUCGGGACGCUUUGCGUCUCCAGGAAUGCGCUGCCGAUCCUUCUCUUSAUCCGACCACCAUCGAACAUCGACAAGACGAAGCAGAGAAUCCUGAGAAGGAUUCUACCGAUUCUCUAGAAGCAUUGCCGUUGUCGCUCUCACGUACCACUUUGCUCUCCACGGAGGGAUUUCAAAUUUUGCGGCACAGAACAAGGAGAUUGAACGAAGAACAAACGGGAAAAAUAAGAACAAAAACAACAGCAGCAGAGACUACAACUAAACCUCUUUUUGAGGACUUGGAAGCAACGGUACAAAGCAUGCAGCGACAGGGAAUGAGCCCUCCCAACAAAAAGGACAUUGUCUUUUUCUUUGUCGAUCCAGAACACGGCGAUGACGGGGCUUCGGGGAGCUUUCCACGUCCUUUUCGUACGAUCGAGACCGCCCUUGCCACAACGCGACGGAGUCGCAAAUUUAGCCACAGCGGUGGCAACGACAAUGACAAAGAUACCGUCAACAAUACUGGUUCUUUCUACGCCAUCGUUUUGAGAGGUGGUCGUUACUACUUGGAAGACACCAUUGCUCUGGAUUCUAGGGACAAUGACCUAACCAUCCUUCCCUACCCUAACGAAACCCCAAUACUGAGCGGGGGUUAUCCCUUAUCACUGACGAUGCAUCCAACGGCGGAAGACCAAAAUAUUUAUUGGGCAAAGCUUCCUUCUCCUGGAAGAAAACGCACAAGCAAGAGUGACAAACGCAAUGAAUACAAAAAUUCCCGUCCAUCGCAAUUGCCAUUACAUUGCAACUUCACAACCCUUUUCCUUGCCCGCUCCGAGGGCGACGACCUUCGCCUCGUCUGGGCCAGGGAACCCAAUGGUCAUCCCGAACGCGACCUGCAGCCCGACGGUUACACCAGGGCAAACGGUACCACCUCUGGGACGUGGCCUGAUCCCUCASGUGCGAUUCAUUUCAYGAUCGGCAAAGAAGGUGGCAYGUCGCGCAAUUCCACGGUGUAUCCGUGGUACGGAGAAGACCUAGAUCCACGCGGGGGUGGGAACUGGUUCCAUCUUGGUGGGACAGGGGACCGCUUUUUCGACCAAGCGGGCUUCUGGAACGGCACCGUGCCCAUGGGGUUGUGGUACAAUGCCAGCACCAGUGCAAUGAACACAUCUCGGUGGACCCCCRAGGGGUACGCACCCGCAAUCGCUCACGUCUUUCACGAAGCCUUUUGGGGAAAUUGGCAAUUCGAGGURGAAGAAGUCCAGAACAGCGGGAGGGAGAUGGGGCAGAUUUCUUUUUCCCGUGGUGGAUGGCAGGAGGGUCGUGGUGGUAGCAUCCGAGACCAACCCUUUUUCGUAGAAGGUGUCAAGGAAGCUCUCGAUGAGCCAGGGGAAUGGUGGCUUGAUGUUCCGAACCAGGUGUUGUUCUACUACCCUUUUGGAAACGAAACAAUGAAUGGAAAUCACCACAGCGAGAGCACUCCCGCGAGCGAGCUACGGGUUGAUUUUGUGGCACCUAGACUCCAACAGAUCGUCACCGUGAUGGGUGAAAACUCGAAGGACCGAACCGCAAACCGAAUCGCUAUGAACGGAAUCACAUUCUCCCACAGCGCAACCACCUUCCUGGAACCAUACGAGGUGCCCAGCCCGGGGGACUGGUCCAUUCACCGAGGCGGUGCGGUCUUCCUCGAGAACGUCCAAGAAAUUGCUCUCAUUGGCUGCCGGUUUCUCCGCACCGGAGGCAAUGCCCUGUUCCUAUCKGGACACGCAAAGCGGUGUCGUGUUUCACGAAACGAAUUUGCCUGGAUUGGCGACAGUGCGGUGGUCACGGUGGGCCGCCUCGCGAUGGCGGAUGGGUUCACAGUCGAUACCUUCCCCGAAGACACGUUUAUAGCAGGRAACCAUUUUCACGAGAUUGGCAUUCACGGCAAACAAACCAGCGCUCUGUUUUCCGCUCUGAGCUGCCGAACAACAUUUGUCUCGAACGUGGCCUACAACGGACCGAGGGCGGGGAUCAACCUGAACGAUCAAUUUUGUCACGGACACACGAUCCGAGACAACCUCCUGUUCAAUUGGGUGAGAGAAACCCAAGACMACGGUCCCAUCAAUACCUGGGACAGAGCAAUGUAUGUACAGAGAGAUCACCGAGGCGCUCCCGACGAAUUGCCUAAGCCCACCCUGAUCCCCGAGUGGGCACACAUCGAGCGGAAUUUCAUCAUGAACGGACCGAGCGGGAAUCGAAACCUGGGAAACCUCUUCCCUACGAUCGACAACGACGACGGUUCAUCGUAUUUUUACAUUGCCAAUAAUUUCUUGGUGUACGGUGGCGCCAAGAACUACCUCGGACACGACAAACGAUGGAUCUCGAAUCUUUUGGUCUUUCCCGGACGGUGGUCUGGCGACCCCUGCGCCCAGAUAUGGGGCGGGGAGAACCACCUCUUUGAAAACAACACAUGCAUUGUUGCAUCUGGAGACCCCCCCAUCGGUCUCGAUGGAUCCAUGAAAGGCUUCGAGUGCAMGAUCGACUGGAACGAUACUCGAAACAACUUGCGGUUUGUAGGGGUGACAGCCGGUAAUGUGUAUUAUAUGAACAGCUCCGAUCAAUGGGGAUUCGGCUGUGGAAAUGGCACGUCGCCAAAUCAUUUUUUUACUUUUCUAGAAAUGCAAAAACAUGAAAGGGAAAUCGGAAGCGUGAUCAAGGAUCAAUCCGAACUCACCCCCGAUAUCAUACUAGGCAUGGCAAAGAGCAUGCUCGAAAAGGUUCUGUAGUAGACUGGCCUGGGUUGUUGACCCCUUCUCCCCACAUUUUGAUCACUUGAAGAUCCAAUGAAAUGCUUUUCGGGUUACUACUUUACUUCUAGUCUUAUAAUUUAGAUAAUUGAGCUGUGUGUCUAAGCCGCUUCCCAUCUCAUAAUUUUGGUCGAUCUAUGUUACAUGCUCUACCUCAUAAUAAAAUGCUGGCAUUGUA